AUGGCAUCAACACGACACGAAAUUUAUACACGUGCGCAAUCAGCUGAUGAUACAAUAGCGCCAACAAAUGCUAAAACAGAUAAUGAGAAUUUACAAAAUCGUGAAUAUUACUUUGGUCGUGGUGAUUUGAAUGAACUUUAUUGCUGUCAAAUGGCUGGUGUUUUACGAAUUCUUGAAAUUACCAUAGGCUUAUUAAUUGUAUCAUCAAUUGUAUCAGUAUAUGGCCCAGGACCAUUUAAAGGAAUUCUUUUUGGCCAAACAUUUUUACUUAUCUUUGCUGGCAUUGCUGUUUGUUUUUCAUUCAUUUUUCUUGUCGUUUUUCUCUUCCAACUGCAUCUAACACAUCUUGAUUUUUGGCCAUGGAAAAUUUCUGAUUUUAUGUUCUCGAUGACAGCCUGUCCAUCGUAUAUUAUUUUGGGCUUUAUCGAAGCAUAUUAUUCAACAGGUGCAUGGUCAAAUAAUUGUAAUGAUAUUGGCUCAGAUGGUAUCAUUCAUAAUCAUUGUCGUACAAUUUUUGAAUGGGUUUUUGCAUCGCUUCUUUCAUUUCUCAAUGGAUUUUUAUAUGGAAUAAGUGCAUUCUUGACACGUCGUAAUCAAUAUAAUUGA